GCGUUUAAAGAUACUGGCAAAGCACCUGUGGAACAAGAGGUAGCAAUCCAUCGCAUUAGAAUCACUUUGACAAGUCGCAAUGUAAAAUCACUUGAGAAGGUUUGUGCUGACUUGAUCAGAGGUGCUAAGGAAAAAAACCUAAAGGUGAAAGGACCUGUUCGUAUGCCCACCAAGACUUUGCGAAUCACUACCAGGAAGACGCCUUGUGGUGAGGGUUCCAAGACCUGGGAUCGUUUCCAAAUGCGUAUCCAUAAGCGGCUCAUUGACUUACACAGCCCUUCUGAGAUUGUGAAGCAGAUCACUUCCAUCAGCAUUGAACCAGGUGUAGAAGUUGAAGUUACUAUUGCCGAUGCCUAA